AUGAGCUCAUACCGGAACCCAACAAUCCCAGGCUUCAACCCCGACCCUUCUUGUAUCCAGGUCGAUGGGACGUAUUACCUCGUCACCUCGAGCUUCCUAUAUUUCCCCGGCGUGCCCGUCUACACCAGCACGGAUCUGAUCGACUAUUCCAGGUGUACCCUCCGCCCUGGGACGCAGUUCGCGGGCGGGAUUUGGGCGCCGACCAUCCGCUGGCACGAUGGCACGUUCUACGUGAUCACCACGCUGUGCUUUCCCGACAUGGCGUUCGACGACUUUUCCCGGUGGCACAAUGUCAUAUUCACGUGCAAGGAUCCGUCGACGAACGAUUGGAGCGAUCCCAUCGUGUUCGACUUCCCGGGAUACGACACGUCCCUCUUCUGGGACGAUGACGGUAAGGCCUACGUCCAGGGAUCGUUCUAUUGGAGGGUCCGGCCAGAGAUCCAGCAGUUUGAGAUCGACCUGAAGACAGGCAAGUCGCUCUCCGGUGAACCCCGCAAACUGUGGUCCGGCAUGGGUGGCAUAGCGCCCGAGGCGCCCCACAUGUACAAGAAAGACGGGUGGUACUACCUGCUGAUCGCCGAAGGCGCGACCGAGUUCGGGCACCGCGCGACGCUCGCCCGUGCGCCGUCCGUCUGGGGCCCGUUCGACGAACCGUGCCCGUCCAACCCGAUCCUCACCGCGCCCUCGUCGACGGCGCUCUUCCAGACCGUCGGCCACGCGGACCUCUUCCCAGAUGCAAGGAUGAUGGGUAGGUGGUGGGCGGUGUGUCUCGCGACGCGCGUUGUAGGCGGCGCGUGGCCGGUCGGACGCGAGACGUGCCUCGUGCAGGUCGACUGGCCCGAAGGCGGGUGGCCCGUCGCGGACCUGCGCGCGCUCGAUCCCCCGGACGCCGAGGCAGCAGAAGGGGCAGAAGGGGCAGGAGACGAUUGGGAGGACGUGCUGGCAUUGUCACGUCGUCAUGGCUUGCUCUACCUCCGCAACCCGAAGCCUGACGCGUAUGACCUGACGCGGGCGGGCGAGGUCGAGCUGCGGCCUGGGAGGGCGCGCCUCGCGGACGCGUUUGGGUCCCCAACGUUCAUCGGCGUGCGUCAGCGGCACUUGCGCUUUGAGUGCGAAAUGACCAUUGACUUGGACGGGGCCGCGCCGGCCGUGAAUGCUGGGCUGGUGGUAUACCAGGACCAUGAGCACCACGUCACAUUCGGCGUCCAUUCCGUGGACAGUGAAGAGCGUGCGGUUGUCUUGGGAGGAGUCUCGCCGUUACCGUUGUCUUCGACCCCGGGGCCAAUUGAAGUGCCGGCGAGCGCGAAAGAGGUCAUGUUGCAGGUUCGAGGGGAUCCGCGGUCGUACGAAUUUACGGCGGGAUGGGUAGCGGACAACGGGGAGGAGGUAAGGAGGCAUGGAGGAAGCGUCGAGGCGAAGGCAUUGAACGGUGUCUUCACGGGCGUUAUCCUUGCCGCAUUUGCGGAGUCGACAUUGGAGGGCGUUAUAGGUGCGGUUGUGAAGGUGAGAAGAUGGAGGUACAAGACCUUCGGCGUCUAGACUGGAAAUGGUGAAGAAUCCGAUUUCCGGGUCAUCGCCCAGAUACUUGCUUUGAAAGCAGCCCUUUCUCAUGCAUCAAAUCUUCUGGAUACCAUGCUAUCCAUCUGCACAGAGACCAUCC